GCAUCUCGCGCUUACUGUUUGUGUUAUUAUUGAAGCUUGAAACGAAGCGCCUCAAACGUUCUUAUCGGAGCACUCGAUCGAAGUGAGCGAGAGAGAGAGAGAGAGAGACAAAGCAGGGGGGCUCUCUGCCUUGGAUUGCCGGAGGCGUCGCCGCGUGAUGCUGGCUCUCCACCUUAAAUGCACGGACCGCGCCUGAGAUCCCGGAGCCCGGCGCUGGUCCGCCGCGGCGGGGAGCUGAGUUACCUAGGGUUCAAGAUGAAACUCGUGAAGGGUUGGAACUCGCUCUAGGUUCUUCUGGGGAGCUCUGCGUUCGAGUUUUUCGGGAACCGAGCUGGCUCUUGCGGGUCGAGGCGGAGAUCGGAGGGGGGAUCGGCGUUUGUUGAAGAAAAGGAGCUGCUUUUUGGUGCUGGUUUGGCUUGGGAAGGGAGUUCCUGAGAGAAGGUGCUACUUUCAGUCCUAGGCUUGACUGUCUUGUGGUUUUCGGAUUCUGCAAGCUUCUUCUAGUAAGUACAUAAGAUGAGGCUCUCAUCCUCGGGUCCGGGCAAUCAGCAACAAGAAGAUACAGAAGAACAAGUUUGUCUAAAUUCAGAGUUAUGGCAUGCUUGUGCUGGACCACUAGUUUCAUUGCCUCCUGUUGGAAGCCGGGUGGUAUAUUUCCCACAGGGCCAUAGUGAGCAGGUGGCUGCAUCAACAAACAAGGAAAUUGAUUCCCUCCCCAGCUACCCAAGCUUACCUCCUCAGCUGGUUUGUCAGCUGCAUAAUGUUACUAUGCAUGCAGAUGUAGAGACGGAUGAAGUUUAUGCCCUGAUGACGUUGCAGCCAUUAAGCCUACUAGAGCAGAAGGAUCCUUAUCUACCUGCUGAAUUGGGUAUGCCAAGCAAACAACCAACAAAUUAUUUCUGUAAGACAUUAACCGCAAGUGACACCAGUACGCAUGGUGGAUUCUCUGUUCCUCGUCGAGCAGCAGAAAAAGUGUUCCCUCCGCUGGACUUUUCACAGCAGCCUCCUGCACAAGAGUUGACUGCAAAGGACCUCCAUGGUAAUGAGUGGAAGUUUCGCCACAUCUUCCGAGGUCAGCCAAAGAGGCAUCUCCUUACAACAGGCUGGAGUGUUUUUGUGAGUGCAAAGAGACUUGUUGCAGGGGAUUCUGUACUUUUUAUAUGGAAUGAUAACAAUCAGUUACUUCUGGGAAUUCGGCGUGCUAACAGACCGCAAACAGUUAUGCCUUCAUCUGUUCUGUCUAGUGACAGCAUGCACAUAGGGCUUCUCGCUGCAGCUGCUCAUGCUGCUGCUACAAACAGCCGAUUUACUAUAUUUUAUAACCCAAGGGCAAGCCCUUCUGAAUUUGUUAUCCCACUAGCUAAGUAUGUUAAGGCAGUUUAUCACACCCGUGUUUCUGUGGGUAUGCGUUUCCGGAUGCUUUUUGAGACAGAAGAGUCAAGUGUUCGACGAUAUAUGGGCACAAUUACUGGGAUCAGUGAUAUUGACCCUGUCCAUUGGCCAAAUUCACAUUGGCGUUCCGUGAAAGUUGGCUGGGAUGAGUCAACAGCCGGACAGAGGCAGCCCAGGGUGUCACUUUGGGAAAUUGAGCCUCUAACAACCUUUCCAAUGUAUCCGACAUCUUUUCCUUUCAGGCUCAAGCGCCCAUGGCCUACUGGAUUGCCUUCCCUCCAUGGUGGAAAGGAUGAUGGUAUCUCUCUCAAUUUACCUCAGAUGUUGUUCCAAAAUGGUGGAAAUACAGGAUUUCAGUCGCUGAAUUUUCAGGACAUCAGUGUCACGCCUUGGAUGCGGCCAAGGUUGGAUAAUCCGGUACUUUCUCUGCAGCCUGACAUGUACCAGACAAUGGCUGUAGCAGGACAGAAAAUGAGGAUUGUGGACACUACAAAAAAUGUAUCACCUGGAAUGCUGCAAUUCCAGCAAACUCAGAACAUAACUAGCAGAACUUCUCCUAUAGUACCAGGUCAGGUUCUACAGCAUGGCCAUUCUCAAACUCCACAAACCUUUCUUCAGAAUCUUCAAGUAAACCAGGUGCAAGACCAGUCUCGAUCUGAAUUUCUUCAGCAUCAGUUGCAGCACGGAUGCUCAUUUGGUGAGCAGCAGCAGGUACCACGACAGCAUCAAACACAAAUUCAACAGCAGAAAAUUUUAUCUAAUCAUCAGAAAGUUCCUGAUGGAGUAUCAGCCUUGUCUCAACUUCUUUCUGUGUCACAAUCUUCAUCAACCACAUUGCAGAAUAUUUCCUCAUUUUCCCAGCCACAGAACUUUCCUGACUCCAAUGGUAACUCUGUCUCAACAGCUAGUGCCUCCCCCCUGCAUAAUAUUUUGCAUCAGUUGUCUCCAGAGGAAGCAUCAAAUCUACUUAGUUGGCCAAGAGGCAACCAAAUUGUGACUUCUAGUUCCACAUCCUCAAAGCGAAUGGCAAUUGCAUCAAUGAUUCCAUCUGAAGUUAAGUGCAUGAUGCCUCAGGUGGAACAACUAGGUGCAUCACAACCUGCCAUUUCUCAGCAUUCUGUGAUAUUACCACCAUUUCCCGGAAGACAGUAUGUGGUGGAUCAAGAUGGCAAUAUGGAUGGUCAGAACCAUCUGUUGUUUGGUGUUAACAUAGACUCAUCAUCACUUCUAGUGCAGAAUGGCAUGUCAAACCUAGGCCAUCUUAGCAAUGAGACUGAUUCAAUGAACAUGCACUAUGCUGCUAGCAAUCUUGUGGGUUCCUCGGGAAAUGAUUUUGGACUGAACCAAGCAUUUACUGUUUCUAAUGGUUUAGAGCAACCAGGACUUUUGCAGGCUCCUGGGAACAUGGAUUCGUUGAACCAAUCCAGUGGAACCUUUGUCAAGGUUUAUAAAUCAGGGUCUUGUGGAAGGUCACUGGACAUCACCAAGUUUAGCAGUUACCAUGAGCUGCGUAGUGAGCUUGGGCGUUUAUUUGGCCUAGAAGGCCAGUUGGAAGACCCUUUGAGAUCAGGCUGGCAGCUUGUAUUUGUUGACAGGGAGAAUGAUAUUCUUCUUGUUGGCGACGAUCCCUGGCAGGAGUUUGUGAAUAACGUAUGGUGCAUAAAGAUACUUAUGCGGCAGGAAGUGCAGCAGAUGGGCAAGCCAAGUGCAGAUUUCCUCAACACAGCUCACAGUAAAAGGCUUCCGAGCAAUAGCUGUGAUGAGUACAUCACCCGGCAGGAUUCAAGAAGCCUAAGCACCGUGACUGCAUCUGUGGGGACAUUGGAAUACUGAAAACGAACCUUGAAGUCUUCACAGCUCAUUACCAUCUGUUUAAUCCUACCUUUCGCUGCAGUUUCUCAUCUUAGAUGCGCAAAUCAGGUGUGAGCAAGCUAAGCUUAAUGUAUCCAUGUCUAGUACCUGUAUCAUAUGAUAUCUUCUCAUAAUACCGGUAUAUGCUUCCGGUGCUUGUUUAUGUAGAACUAUGUAGGUUUGUUUGUAGUAAUUGAUUCCUGAUUUGAGUGUUAGAACAAGCUUCUUGCUCUUCUAGUUUCAGAUAUUUCUGACCUUGAGACAUAUUUUUGUUGCGUAAUUAAUAGGUUCCAAAUUCUGAGUC